AUGGUCGCAGGCAUUGAUCUUCACAUUAUAAAAGAAAAAAUUCUAAAGGACCCAAGGGUUCGUCGAAAUGGUGCCUAUGUUGUAGGUGCAGUGGCGGUUGGUGCUUUGGUUUACGGGUUAGUUUGUCUAAGAAGACAUUCUUCUAAAAGAAGCAAUGAAACGAAACAUGAGGAAGAGGAGGAUAAUAAAACGAAACAUGAGGUAGAGGAUAAUAAAAAAAAUACAAAAGAGGGAGGGAGUAAACAGGAAAAUACCGAUACCGAUACCGAAAGUUAUGUCUCAACUCCUAGUAUAAUUAAAGAAACAGAGAGUGGUAAAAGUGCUGAAUCCCUUGCAGUAAUCUCGCCACCUAUUUUACUCGAAUCUCUUCCUACUGUCGUUGAAAAAAAUGGGCUGAUGUUGCCUUCGAAUGACGUCGUUAAUCCUGUUGUUCCGUUGAUCACCAGAAAGCAGACAUCUUUGAUAUCUGAACCACCGAAAAGCGUUGAAAUAGAACUACCUCAUUCUCAUAAUUCCAUUAGUCUUAAUGACGAAUUAGUCGGAUGGGAAGAAACGGAUACAGCUUCAAUCGUAGCACCUCGAUCUAUUUUUGAUACGCAUAAAUUUGGAAAUUCAUUGGAGAACACGGAAUUGGAAGAUUAUGAAUCUGAUUCUUUGGAACUAAACAACGAAUUCGAUCAAACCUCACAAGGAGAAAUCUCUCAUAAUGAUCUGCCUCAAAUACCGAUAACAACACAAGCGCAAUCGAUCAUUAGCAACCCAUUGCUAACCAGAUAUAAUUCACCAGAAAGCAUUGUAAGUCUUAAUAACGAAUUAGUCGGAUGGGAAGAAACGGAUACAGCUUCAAUCGCAGCAUCUCGAUCUAUUUUUGAUACGCAUAAAUUCGGAAAUUCAUUGAAUAACACGCAAUUGGAAGAUUAUGAAUCUGAUUCUUUGGAACUAAAUAACGAAGUCGAUCAAACCUCACAAGGAGAAAUCUCUCAUAAUGAUCUGCCUCAAAUACCGAUAACAACACAAGCGCAAUCGAUUAUUAGCAACCCAUUGCUAACCAGAUAUAAUUCACCAGAAAGCAUUGUAAUAGAGCCGCCCAGCUCUCCAUCUUGGAAUAAUCCAAUUGGUUUUGAAAAUGAAUUAGGUGGAGUUAGAGAGAUGGGUACGACUUCAAUACCAGAAGUUCAGUCCACAUCCAGUUAUACAAUUCGCGAAGGAAACAACAAUACAAUUUCACCACAACCACUUAAUACAUCGACUGACGACUCUUGGAACCCCUCCAAUGACGAAAUAAUCGUCACGCCCUCUAAAAAGAGAGGCUAUAGCGGUGCAAUUGGACAAAAUCGGAUCCCUGCAAUUGCAAACCCAUAUAACAAUGCUUAUUUGCAGGGAUCCGUCGUACAGCAGGCCCUGGCCCAGCCAACGCUGUACGACAUUUUGUACACGCGGGCCUACGGAGGGGAAACCACGACACAAGUUGGCAACAAACUUGUGUCGAAUAACGACUCUGAAGGUUUGCGCUCAUCCUCUAAAAACACUGGCAAAGACUCGCGCUCUUCUAAAAUAUUAAAGGCUUAUACUUGGAUUGAACGGGCGCAGACAGAAGGGCAGUCAGAAGAAGACGGACGGCCAGAAGAAGUUAAAAACUGGAAAGUACAACUAUCAAAGCGAAUCUGUUAG